CACAUGACACGGUAACAGGAAGUUAUGGUCAUCCCCAAAGUGGAGUCGAAAGAGAUUUUAUGAGAACAUGUUCUCAUAACAAUGGUUGAAAUUGUUUUCGUAAAAUUUGGACCCCCUUACAGUUAAGUUAAGGAAGUUGGAAUGAGUCUGCGGGCUUUGUGGGUUAUUUCUCACCAGAGCGGAGAAAAUGCGACCGUACGCUUCUCAAGGAGGUUCUCAACUGUGGAGUACCGUGCAAAGUGCCUGGCAGGUUCCACCUACGUAGAAGUGCCCGAGGAAGGCACUGUGCUGCAGCUCCUGCUCACUGAGCUGGGACUUUCAGAUCCAGACAAGUUCUAUGUUCCUCUUAGAGAUGACUGUCUUCACCGUCCACGGUUACCGGCCCUGGAACUGCACGUGGACGGUCCUGGAAAAGGGAUACUUUGGCCCGUGUUGACCAUCUCUCAUGGACCUCUUAUUCUGGCCUGUCUGUGUUUAGUGGACUGUCCUCUUGAGCCACGGCCCCCACUUGCUAAUCUGUUUUCUGUCUCUCAGGGGCUCACACUCUUGAGAGGUCUACAGACUUUCCUCCUUGGCUCAGGGAGUAAAGCUGAUACUGAGGGUCUGUCCUGUCGCCUGGCGAUGCUGCCCUCUAUAAUGCUACAGGUUUGUCCUCUGGGCACACCCCUGGACGUGCCCACAGUGGCAACUGCUGCAACACCCUCAGUCCCCAUACCUGCUGGAAACCAGAAGCAGCCGGCUUGGAAAACAGGUUUUCACAAAGGUCGAGCCGUCGUCAACGUAGCAGUAAAAGAAACUGUUCGUUCCAUGCAGUACGGUCAGCGGAGCAGGCAGGAUCUUUGGGAUGUGUAUGGCACGGUGACGUGCAAAUGCGAAGUGGAGGGCGUCCUACCAAAUGUGACGGUGACCCUCACACUGCCACCUAAUGGCUCGCCACUGCAGGACAUCCUGGUCCAUCCCUGUGUCACUUCACUGGAUUCCAGCAUCCUGACAGCCAGCAGUGUUGAUAACUGUGAUGGCUCGGCCUUUUCUGGGCCAUAUAAGUUUCCCUUCUCGCCACCUCUCGAACCUUUUAUGCUGUGCAGUUACACAUCUCAGGUUCCCGUUCCACCGAUCCUGGGAUCGUAUCAACUAAAAGAGGAAGAAAACCACCUGCGUGUUUCAGCCACGCUCAAACUUCAUGAAAGUGUGAAAAACAGCUUUGAGUUCUGUGAAGCACACGUACCGUUCUUUAACAGAGACCAGAUGGGAGCUGUGGAAAUGAAAGUGAGCUCUGGACAACUGGACGUGUCCAAAGAGAAAAACCUGCUGGUCUGGAGUCUGGGACCAAAGUUCCCCAAAUCUCUGGAGGUAACAAUGGAAGGCAGGAUCACUUUUUCAGGUCCGACACCUGGACCUACAGACCCGCUCUGCACUGAACUUACAGCUUAUAUCAAAUUGCAUUUCAAAGUACCCGACAUUACACUGUCUGGAUGCUGCGUGGAUCAGCAUUCAGUGCAAGUCUAUUCCUCUGCCAAACCACGGAUUUCGACAUCCCGGGAACUUGAAUCGAAAGAGUACUUUAUAUGGAAUUCAACUGGCAACGCUCCAGUGUCCUCUGCGCAGUUGAUGCUCUAGCAUCAACUGUAACAUUACACUGUUACACAAACAGAAUAAACCGAGGAGUCUGACGAAGAUAUGGAGCCCAAAAAAAACAAAAAACAUCUGUACUUGUCCUUGAUUGAUUUCUUCAAUGCACUUAUUGUCUAAAAAAGACCAAAGACUAAUUAUGUGUUAAAUGUAACUGACAGGAAAAUUAGAUGAUUUUUCUAGACGCUGAUUUUCACCAAAUCAGCCCUUUUGGUAAAACCUCCUUUAACCCCAGGUCUUCGCCCAUCUUCAAAUCUGUCCCACUGCUGACACAAGGGCCAGUCGUUCACUCUGACAGUCCCACUUCAGUGGCUCUGCAUCAGCAGGAUAAUUAGCAGCUGGGACCUUGUCAUCAGCUGUUGUGGGUCUGGAGGAGACGGACGGCUGGCCGCUGAAAGGCCGGCCUGAUCUGGCUACUCCUCUGGCUACAAAAGGCUCCUCUUUUAGACCUGGCAGGAGUCCUUACUCUUACCAAUCACUCACCCCCCUCACCCCCACCUCUCCUGACCCCCAUCACCACCCUGUCAACUGGUGGUUAGUUCAAACACACAACCUCUCCAACCAGACUCUGAUUGAGCGUUGACCUGCUGGCCCUGCUGGGACCAUGAAAGCAGCCGUUCCCUUUCACUGAGUAGGACCGGGCUAAUUGGUGAAAAAGUCACAAGGAUGCUUGUAGGUGGGACGCCCUCUUAAAGGUCGCAGACGUCCUUAAAGUCACUUUAUGUAGAAUUUCAAGUAUUUGACGUUGACCUUUUUUUGCCAAUUGUCUCACUGUCACUCUUCCCUUCUUCGCAUGUAACUCAUUUGAAAAGACAACUUUUGCGAUGACUUCGAUGUAUUAUUAUGAGCAACCAGCUGGUGAAGGGUUAAAUCCGAGGCCCACAAUUAAACAGCAGCCAGACUCUUCUGAGUGCCCUCAUUGUGUGCUCCUGGCCUCUUGUGCCCCUCGCUGGUCCAAAUGCUACAUUCUCACGUGGAUUUCCACUCAGAAGGCUGACCAUGACCAAUCCUCUGUCAAUUGGAACCAAUUGCUCACACGGCAUCCUUCACCUUCUUUUUAUGUAGCAGCACGGAGUGGCAGACACCGAGAUCUCUCGGCGCUCUCCCCUCCACGAUGAUUUGGCUUUAAGGCCCUGUGUGUGUGGCUAGUCAACUGGAAAAGGAGAGGUUUUUCUUUGGUUGACGCUAAAUCUCAGGAUCUAAUAUGUGGUCAGUCUGACUUCUCACGUCUGCAGCAACCAACGGCAAAAUUUGCCUCAUUGAUCAAAUUGCAUGAAAAGUAGAUGGACUUCUGUCAAUGUGUCGCUUUGGUUCAACACGUUCUACUCACUUUUCUGGUCUUUAAAAGAUAUGUUUAAUACUACUUAGGUGACUGUGUUAAACAGUUGAUUUGUUUUGCAUAAUAAUUUGUUGUAUUCUGU